UCAAGCAAACGAGCAGCAUCACUGAGCAUUGCGCAUUCGCAUUAACAAAUCGAGGGGACAAAUUAUCUUUGAGAAAAUUCUUACUUUGUGGAUAUCCUAGUGAUUGUGAAGUUUGGAGACUUUUUAAUAAAAAUCAAAAAAUUAGAAGACAAGUGUUUUAGAUAUUUUCGUAGACCCAAAACAACGGAUUACUGCUAGAUAUGGCUGUAUCAGCUCUCAACAUGACUCCUUACUUCGCUGGAUAUCCCUUCCAAGGACAAGGUCGGGUAAAUCAACUGGGAGGUGUUUUCAUCAACGGUCGUCCAUUGCCAAAUCAUAUUCGUCGCCAAAUUGUCGAGAUGGCAGCUGCUGGUGUCCGUCCUUGCGUUAUCUCUCGGCAGUUGCGAGUUUCACAUGGCUGUGUCUCCAAGAUCCUCAAUCGCUUCCAGGAGACCGGCUCCAUUCGGCCUGGUGUAAUCGGUGGCAGCAAACCACGUGUGGCCACACCCGAUAUCGAGACCAGAAUCGAAGAGCUGAAGCAAUCGCAGCCUGGCAUCUUCAGUUGGGAAAUUCGCGCCAAAUUGAUUGAGGCCGGAAUCUGUGACAAGCAGAAUGCCCCCUCGGUGAGUUCCAUCUCGCGCUUGCUCCGCGCAACCUCCGGCUCUGGAGCCUCCCACAGCAUUGAUGGCAUUCUCGGAGGUGGUGCUAUCUCGGCGGGUAGCGAGGACGAGAGUGAGGAUGACACCGAACCCAGUGUACAGCUGAAAAGGAAGCAAAGACGCUCGCGUACCACUUUCUCCAAUGAUCAGAUCGACGCCCUUGAGCGCAUUUUCGCUCGCACCCAGUAUCCAGAUGUCUACACAAGGGAGGAGCUAGCCCAGAGCACCGGUUUGACUGAGGCCCGUGUCCAAGUCUGGUUCUCCAACCGUCGUGCUCGUCUACGCAAGCAAUUGAACACUCAGCAAGUUCCCAGCUUCGCAUCCACAGCUAGUUCAUAUGGAGCUACAGCUUCAGCUUCCUCUGCCACCACUACCAACAUGGGCAUGAGCUUGUACACUUCCCAGACGUGGCCUGCAUCGGGAGCGUCCUAUGAGAUACAUGCUGGCCAUGGGGGCUCAGUUGCUUCCAUGUCACCAGCCAGCAGCACUGGCAGUAGUUCCGCCGCCCACAGUCCGAUUCAGUCACAGGCUCAGCAUCCAGUCAAUGGCAACGAUUUAAUGAACUCCUCUUACUCCAUGGGAACUGCAACUGCUGCGUACCCUCCAACCGGAUCUGCCGGAGCCUACACAAUGUCCUCAACCACUGCCACAUCCGCUGAGCAGCUCCGUUCACAGUUCGCCUCCGCCGCCGCUUCUGGCUCUCAUCACCACUCAUCGUGGGACAGCUAUAACUUCGCUGGCUCCUUCUUCCCCUCUACUGGCUCCAGCGCCAACCAUUUUGGCGGUUACCAUCAUCAGAUGGAGCAGAAGAGCUCCAUGGUCCCAGCUGCUCCAACCUACCCCUACUUCGGCUUCUAAGAGAAGAUUGCUAAUAGCUGGCUCUACAGAAUGGGAAAUUAGAUUUUGGAUUCGAUAUUCGUUGGUUAAACAAAUAAUGUUUUAUUAUUUUACUUUUAAUCUACUAGUAGCAUUAUCUUAUGUAAAGGCCUUAAGACUGUU